AUGUUCCGAACUAUUGCCAUUCGCGCCACGCGUUCAUCGCUACCUCGGCGUGUUAUGUUGUCGGCUGUUCCAGUCCUUCGUCCGGCUGUUCCAGUCGUCCGGGCGCAGAGGUUCAAUAGCACCCGGUUGCACUCGGCUGGUCCGGAUUGGUCUGCCCCGGUCAUCACUUAUGAAGAGCUGAAGCCUCGUACUGAGCAACCGAAAGAGGAUGCGUACCUGAUCGAUGUGCGCGAGCUCGAUGAGAUUGCUCAAGGCUCGAUCCCCUCAUCCGUUCCUCUUCCGCUGUCUGUAUUUGCAGAGGCUUUGCGUGCCCCAGAGGACGAGUUCCGCAACAAGCAUGGGUUCAAGAAACCAACUCAGAACCAAGAGAUCAUCGUGUACUGCCGCAGUGGUAAGCGCAGUGCAACGGCCGCUGAUAUUGCCCACAAAUAUGGAUUUUCGAACGUCAAAAACUACUCUGGCUCAUGGUUGGACUGGUCGAAGAGGGAGGGGGAGAACCGGGGAUGA